AUGGCGACUGGCGUUGAACUGUUAUUGGCAGCAGCCUUGUGUUUGUUAUGUCCCAACGAAACGGUGCGUUAUCCAGCCGGAUUUUUACAUCUCGAUAAAAAUGGAGAAGUUACAACGCAUGUAGAGCUGAAACCAUUGGAAGAAAAGGCCGAUGCUCCAUUGGAUGAUGUACCGAUUGAAACGUUAGAGACAAUAGCACUUAAAGCAGAAAAGCUAUUGAAAUUAAGAGAAUGGAUUAAUGGACGCCAUUUACGUAUAGCCACAUUGGAGGAUUAUCCUUUAAGCUAUACGAAACGAUUUGAUAAUGGCACAGUUGUGGGUUUGGGUGUGGCAUUCGAAUUGAUUGAUUUUCUAAAGGAAAAAUUUAAUUUUACCUAUGAGGUAUUGGUGCCCGAAGGCAAUAUCAUUGGUUCGAAAACGGAUUUCGCCGAUAGUUUAAUUGAAAUGUUAAAUACAACGGUAACCGAUAUUGCCGCUGCAUUUUUACCUUUACUCUCGGAGCAACGAGGCUUUGUUUUUUAUUCUAGCACAACUUUAGAUGAAGGUGAAUGGAUCAUGGUUAUGCAACGUCCUAAUGAGUCUGCUUCGGGUUCCGGUUUAAUGGCACCUUUCGACUAUUGGGUGUGGAUUUUAAUUUUCAUUUCUUUGCUUACUGUCGGUCCUGUCAUUUACUUCUUGAUUAUAUUGCGCAAUAAACUAACUGGCGAUAAGGAACAGAAACCUUAUUCUUUGGGCCAUUGUGCAUGGUUUGUUUAUGGCGCUUUAAUGAAACAGGGCAGUAUUUUAUCUCCUAUUGCAGAUUCAACACGUUUAUUAUUUGCAACCUGGUGGAUAUUCAUCACUAUAUUGACCUCAUUUUACACGGCAAAUUUAACGGCUUUUCUCACGCUAUCCAAGUUUACUUUGCCCUUUAAUACGGUCAACGAUAUAUUGAUUAAAAAUAAACAUUUCGUUUCGCAGCGUGGCAGUGGUGUUGAAUAUGCAAUUAAAACGACCAAUGAAAGUUUAUCGAUGCUCAGUCGUAUGGCCCAACAAAACUAUGCUGUCUUUACGGUUGCCACAAAUGACACCUAUAAUUUGCACAACUAUGUGGAGAAGAGUGGUUAUGUGUUUGUACGCGAUCGACCGGCCAUAACACAUGCUCUCUAUUUGGAUUAUCGUUAUCGGAAAACUAUUAGCUUGGAUAAUGAGAAAAUUCAUUGUCCAUUCGCCAAAGCCAAGGAGCCAUUUUUAAAGAAGAAACGUUCAUUUGCUUAUCCAAUCGGUAGCAAUUUGAGUGAAUUGUUUGAUCGAGAAUUACUAAAUCUCGUUGAAUCGGGCAUCAUUAAACAUCUCUCAGCAAAAGAUUUACCCAAUGCCGAAAUAUGUCCGCAAGAUUUGGGCGGCACCGAAAGACAACUGCGCAACGGUGAUCUCAUGAUGACCUAUUACAUUAUGUUUGCCGGUUUCGCUACAGCUAUUGUGGUCUUUAGUACAGAACUUAUAUUUCGCUAUAUCAACAGUCGCCACGACUCUCACAAUCAAUGGGCUACACAUGGUGUGGGUCGCACACCGAAUGGUCAUCAAUUUAAACCACACAAAUGGUUUUGGCGCAAGAGCAGCUCGGACAGUGCUAAGAAAUUACUUAAUGGUUCGCAGACCAGUAAUACUACACCACCGCCACCCUAUCAAAGUAUAUUCAGUAGCAAGGGUCGUCAAGAUAAUACAAGCAUGAAUCGAUGGCAUCAGGCGGUGAACUUUGGCGCCAACGGUAAUGGUGGCUUUGGAGCAUUACGGCCGGCAGUUGCAGAUUCACAGUAUGGCGGCAUGGGUAUUACAUCGACAGGUUUAAGGAAAUUCAUAAAUGGUCGGGAAUAUAUGGUGUAUCGUACGCCAGAAGGUCAAAGUCAAUUGGUACCGGUACGAGUGCCAUCGGCAGCCCUAUUUCAGUAUACAUAUACGGAAUAA